GCACAGGCGCGGUGCGUGCUGCGUGAACGGUGGUUCCGGUGGUCGGGCCCCUGUGUUGCUGUGUGUAGCCGCAAACAUGGUGAAGAAACGGACGAGACGAAUCGUUAUCGAUUCGGACACGGGGGACAGCGGCAGCGAUUCGAACCUAGAUCAGGAGCUGCUUACACUGGCCAAGCGUAAAAGAGGAAGUUCAGAGGAGAAGGAAGUACCCGUGAGCAAACCAGCAGCAUCUUCUGAUUCUGAAACCUCAGAUAGUGGAGAUGAGUGGACUGUCGGGGGAGCAAAAAACAAGAGAAAGCUCAAAUCUGGAAAGGGUUUGGAUAAGAAAGGGGGAACAAGGAAGUUGGCCAACAAGGGAGCCUCUUCUGGCAGCUCUGGAAAGGAAAGUUCUGGUGAGAGUUCGGCACCUGAGGAAGGUGAAGUUUCUGACUCUGACAGCAAUAGUUCUUCAUCCAGCUCUGAUUCAGACUCUUCGUCUGAAGAGGAGGAGUUUUGUGAUGGAUAUGGAGAUGAUCUUAUGGGAGAUGAGGAAGACAGGGCUCGACUUGAACAGAUGACUGAAAAAGAGAGAGAACAAGAACUUUUCAACCGAAUAGAAAAAAGAGAAGUUCUCAAGAGACGGUUUGAGAUAAAGCAAAAACUAAAAUCAGCAAAGAAGAAAGAGAAGAAAUCUAAGAAGAGAAAGCUUGAUGAUGAUCAGGAAAAGAAGAAACAAACACAGAUUCUGGAAGCCCAAGUCACAUCACAUAACAAAGAGAGACGGUCAAAAAGAGAUGAAAAAUUGGACAAGAAAUCCCAAGCAAUGGAAGAGUUACGAGCAGAGAGAGAGAAGAGGAAGAACAAGACUGCUGAACUAAUUGCACGAAAGCAGCCUUUGAAGACAAGUGAAGUCUAUUCUGAUGAUGAGGAGGAAGAGGAAGAUGAAAAGUCUAGUGAGAAAAGUGAUCGUUCGUCCAGAUCCUCUUCCUCGUCCGAUGAAGAAGAAGAAAAAGAAGAAAUUCCUCCAAAGUCUUUGCCGGUUUCUUUGCCUGAAGAACUUAAUAAAGUCAGAUUAUCACGACAUAAGCUGGAGCGAUGGUGUCACAUGCCAUUCUUUGCUAAAACGGUGUCUGGUUGCUUUGUAAGUGUGUCCCCAAAAAAGGCUGCAAAAGUGGAAAUACACUUCAAAUCUGCUUUCAUUUUGUUCAAUCUAACAACCAAGACCUUUGCUGAAAUCUUUAAAGACAUGUUUAUUAAAUCUUAUCAGAAGAUAUAUUUUGUGUAUUUUUAUAAGAUACCAGAUAUUUUGUUUUACUGUGUGAGCCUGUUGAAAUAUUUAUGGCUUUCCCCUUUGCAGGUAGCAGAGAUCACUGGUGUUGUAGAAACAGGAAAAGUUUAUCAACUGGGUAGUACAAGAACAAAUAAAGGCCUUCAGUUAAGACACGGCAGUGACCAGAGGGUAUUUCGCUUGGAGUUUGUCUCGAAUCAAGAAUUUACAGAGAGUGAAUUUAUGAAAUGGAAAGAAGCUAUGUUUUCAGCUAGCAUGCAGCUUCCAACAUUAGAUGAGGUCAACAAAAAAGAGGUGACAAUUAAAGAGGCAAUGAAUCAUAAAUUCAAUGACCAGGACAUUGAAGACAUUGUAAAGGAGAAGGAACGAUUCCGGAAAGCUCCAUCCAAUUAUGCCAUGAAGAAGACACAGCUUAUGAAAGAUAAGGCCAUGGCAGAGGAAGCUGGAGACCAAGACAGGGCAAAACAGAUUCAAGAUGAGCUGAAUGAAUUGGAGGAAAGGGCCGAGGCUCUGGACCGUCAGCGAACCAAGAAUAUUUCUGCCAUCAGCUACAUUAAUCAGAGAAACAGAGAAUGGAACAUAGUGGAGUCUGAGAAAGCUUUAGUGGCUGAAAGUCAGAGCAUGAAGCAACAGCAAAUGGAUCCAUUCACUAGGAGACAGUGUAAACCAACUAUGGUGUCCAAUUCCAGAGAUCCUGCAGUCCAGGCUGCCAUUAUUGCUCAACUGAAUGCAAAGUAUGGAUCAGGCGGUAUUAUGGACACAUCCCUAGACAAGGCCACGAAUGAAAACAAGGAUAAAGAUGGCAACAUCAAACCCACCAGUGAUCUCUCAGAGGACCUGUUUAAAGUGCAUGACUUUGAUGUAAAAAUUGACCUCCAAGUCCCCAGUUCAGAAUCCAAGUCCCUUGCUAUUUCUGCGAAGGCUCCCCCUGCUAAGGAUGGUGCACCGCGAAGAUCUUUGAAUCUGGAAGACUACAAAAAAAGAAGAGGCCUUAUUUAAUUUGGACCACCAGCCUGCUGCUUCUGACCUUGCAUGCUCCAUUGUGUCUCAACUCAUUCAUCUAUUUGUUUGUCCUCCUUGGGUUGGAGCAGCAACAAAGUUAAGCGUAGACUUGGAAAUAAUAACUUGUAAAAUAAACCUACCGACUUAAAGAAAAUCUACCACAUCAGUUCUCUACCCUCGCUGUGGAUAUGUGGUUUUUGCAUUCUGUUUUUCUUCUUUUUGUUUGCCUCCUCACUCUUAAAAA